CUUGCAUUAACUACUCCGUUCUCAAUAUUUGACCAUCCUAUUGUAUGGUAUCACAGCUUGCCUUGCUAUGCACCUCGUUGCCACCAGGCGCGAACUGCAGCCUUGGUCGUAAAUAGUGACGCACAAGUAAACCCUUCUAUCCAGCCUCAAAUGGCAGUCAUCACGCGCACGCAGCCGACGCUAUCUGAAGCCCACGAAUACGUGAAGCGAAGCGACUGGGCACAAAACCAGCCGGGUGUCAUACUUGUGUUUGUCAUUGUCUUUAUUCUUGGGUGUGGGAUUCUUGGGGUUAUUGUCCACAAGGAGUGGGAGGCUCGCAGGGAUGAGAGGGCUGAGUGGACGGUUGAAGAGAUUAAGGAUGAUGUAUAGCCUCGUAGUAUUUGCUAAGUGGGGAUAUCUUCAAUAGUAGGAAAGGAGAAACCUGCUCUGAUAUCCUCACUCUGGUAAUCUACCAACUCGAUAUUGGAUUGUUUAAGCCGGGUACAAUGUUCUGCUACCUCCAAACCCAUUCUCCUGUAGACUGGAUACUUUGUAUUAGGUGGAUAUCCUGAGCUAGUACAGUAAAGAACCGACUCGCUCUUUAUAUCAAAAACAGCUAAUCCUGAUGAGGAACAGCAUC